GCUAAAGCAAAUCAGAAAUUUUGCUAUUAGACAAAAGAAGCGAUUUUACAUAGUCAUUAUCAGUUUUUAUAUUCUUGAAAUUAAUCAAGUUGCAAGCCGCUCUUUAUAUAAAGCAGAAAGUUUCAAUUUUAGAAAAAUGUCAGCAACUUUAAGUGAAUACAAACUUAGUUGUGAAUUGCUUGGUCAUUCUAUGGAUGUACGCUCGGUUGGGGUUGGUUGGGAUACUCCAGAAGGACAAAUAAUAAUCUCCGGUUCACGCGAUAAAACCGUGAAAUUGUGGAAACGCUUAGGCGAAAACUAUGCAGAGGCUGUGACAUUUCAAGAUCAUAAAAAUUUCGUUGCUUGUGUUUGCUACCUAGAAAGUGAACAAUGGAUUUGUACGGGAAGUAAUGAUGCAACGGUAGCUAUUUAUAAGGAGGGUGGAUACAUCCCAAUACUGACUCUGACUGGGCACACUUCAACCGUGUGUGCUAUCGCUGGUGGAACAAUGCCGCAAACUCUUAUUACCGGUAGCUGGGAUAAAACCGCACGCAUUUGGACCAUCAAUCAAGAAGGUGUCGCAACUUCAGUAGUACUACGCGGACAUGAAGCUGCAGUAUGGUCAGUAGCCUGUACGAAAGAGUUAAAAAAGUAUAUUACUGGUUCGGCAGAUAAAUGCAUUUAUUACUGGAAUGAAAAAGGUGAAAAGUUGCGUAUGUUAAAAGGUCACACAGAUUGUGUACGUGGUGUUAUAACAAUGAGCAAUAACUCAUUAGUUUCAUGUGCAAAUGAUGCGCUUAUUAAAUAUUGGAAUGAAGAUGGUGAAUGUGUUAGAGAAUUAAGUGGGCAUACUAAUUAUAUAUAUUCAAUUGCUGCGAAUAAAGCCAUUGGACAAAAUGUUAUAGUAUCUUGUGGUGAAGAUAGCACAUUACGAAUGUGGAACUUAGAUUCUGGUGAAGAAAUGGGCAAUCCUAUUGUCCAUCCUGCACAAUCCGUUUGGUCUGUAGCUUGCUUGAAAAAUGGCGAUAUUGUAACCGGCUCUAGUGAUGGCAUAAUACGUGUAUUUACAAAAGACCCAGCUCGAUACGCUGCUGAGAUAACCCUGAAAGCUUAUGAACAUGCUGUUGAUACAAGGAAAGCACAAAUGAGUGAAGAAAUUGGUGGAAUAAAAAAGACCGAGUUUCCAGGACCCGAAGCUUUACUUACAAACGGCACCAGAGAGGGACAAACUAAAAUGAUUCGUCAUCAAGAUGGUUCAGUUAAAGUAUACAAUUGGGAGUUAGGUCAGUGGAUAUUAGUUGGUGACGUUACUGGAGCUUCAGGAGGAUCACAAGCCACAUCUGGCAAGACUUUAUUUGAAGGAAAGGAAUACGAUUAUGUAUUUUCUGUAGACAUCUCAGAUAAUGCACCUCCAAUAAAACUGCCUUACAAUCGUAACGAAGACCCUUGGCAAGCAGCACAAACAUUCAUUCAUCGAAACAACCUCCCGCAAGUGUACUUAGAUCAAGUUGCUAAUUUCAUAGUGAAAAACUCGAGCAAAACAGUUGAUUCAACAACCAAAUCAACUUCAAGUGGCUACCAGGAUCCAUUUACAGGUGGCUCUCGAUAUGUGCCAGGUGGUAGCAAUCCAGGCUUGAACUCUGCAGGAAAUGUAGAUCCAUUUACCGGAGGUUCAAGUUAUUCUACGCAGCAAAAAGCAGGGCAACAUUUCCCUGUCAGAAAAUACGUAACUUUUGAUAAUUGCGAUCCUGCCAAGGUGUUGGAAAAAUUAAAGGAAUUUAAUACCAAGCUCACAGUGGAGAACGGACAAGUAUCCGAUACUUUGCUAAACGCAAUUAUAGCUUUAACUGCAGCAACGCCAGACGUGGAUACGUGCUCUGUUGAGGCACUACAACAUUUAUUAAGUUGGUCUAAUGAUAUUCUAUUUCCUGUGCUGGAUGUGUUGCGAUUGGCAAUUCGACAUGAACCUGUUUUUUCGAUUUUAAAUUCUUAUAAUUUUGUAGAUUCCAUAGUACCGAAACUAAACACUUCUGCUCCUAAUACCUUAAUGGUAGUGCGGUGCUUAGCGAAUAUGAUGUGUCAUGAAGCGGGUAGGAUAGAGGUAGAAAAGCGUUUGGUGACUAUAUUGCCACAAAUUAGUGAAAUCAAAAAUGGUAGUGCAAACUUGCAGAUUGCCGUUGCAACGUUUUAUUUGAAUUUGACAAUCUCUCAGACAUUCGUUGCGAAAGGUGAAUGUUGUCAAAUGGUUACCGAGGGUAUCGUUGAAUUGUUAAAGUGGGCUAAGGACUUGGAAGCAUUUUACCGAUCUUUUCAAGCCAUUGGCAAUUUAACAACAACGCCAUUUAGUCAAACAUCAGUGGCUAUUAUUGUAUCAACGGACUAUGUAAUGGACAAAAUACGCGAAUUAACUAACACACCGCAAACGGGUGUGUAUGCUAAACUUAAUUCCGCAGGCAAGGAACUGCUGGCAGCUUUCUAAAUAAAUAAUUCCUCAUACUCAAACUACAAUGGAUAAACGAUAUUUAAGAAAUGCAUCAACAUCAACUUUUGUUCAACAAAAAUUUGAUAUAAAAAACCGAAAUAAAUACAUAAUACAAUUAUAAAACGAUGGAAAGCUUUAA